UCACCAGCCCCUUACUUCACUCAUAUACUCUUUCUCUAGUGGGAGGAAUAAUUCUCAGCUCAAAUUUAUCUCUCCAUAGUCCAUAUCAAAGCUUUAAACCAACAUUUUCUGUGUCUAACUUUAGCAUUAAUCGGAGAAUAUGGAUGUCUACGGACGGUUAACGCCAGAAGUGUUUCGGAUUGAUGAUCUUCUUGAUUUCUCAAACGAAGAGAUCUUUUCCUCUUCUAAAACCGCCAUCGACUUUGAUCUCAAUCACCAUUACCAACCACCUCCUACCGAUAAUAUUGCUGCCGCCGGUUGUUACUACGAUGCUCUUCCCAAUUCCGUUGACUUUACCGAUAAACUCUGUGUUCCGAGUGAUGAUGUAGCAGAGUUGGAGUGGCUAUCGAACUUCGUGGAAGAUACAUCCAAUAAUUUCCCUUCAAACUCCUUAACACAAACCAUGUACCACCUCAAUAAUACCAAUAAUACUACUACAAUAUUGCACAGCAAAUCAAGAAGUAAACGUUCACGUAAUUCAAACACUAGCUGGACUACUUCCUCACUCCAACAACACAAAUCCACAAACCAAAAAAACUACAAUCAAGACGAAAAUUCAGGUAUUUAUAACAGAGACAAAUUUUCAUCAAUAACUUCAAAUAUUACACCGAGAAAAUGCACCCAUUGUGCAUCAGAGAAAACACCGCAGUGGCGAACUGGACCAUUAGGCCCCAAAACACUGUGUAAUGCUUGUGGUGUAAGGUACAAAUCGGGCCGGUUGGUACCUGAAUAUCGUCCCGCGGCAAGCCCGACGUUUGUGUUGACGCAACAUUCGAAUUCUCACCGGAAAGUAAUGGAACUCCGGCGACAGAAAGAGGUUAUUGAUCAUCAACAGCAGCAGCACGGAAUGUAUGGACAUCACUAUCCGGUCUGCUGAUGUCAUCUAUAUGCCACGUAUUACAAGCUAACGUGGAUGCCUUAUUAUUCUAAAGAGACUUUUAUCUCUUUUCAGUAUUUUCUUUUGUUGCCUAUUUAAAGGUAUUUGAGAUAAUCACUUUCACGAUUGUUUUUUUAAAAAAAGAUUUAGUGUUCCAUGUCUUAUGUAUUAAGGGGUCGUUUGGUAGAGUGUAU